AAACACCUGUGGCGCGCUAUAUGACCUUUGGGAACCGCUUCAAUCAUCUCAGCUGGUCUCAUCAUGUCACUCACAUACAAUGGAAGAACAAACCAUCACCAUCCUUCUGCUAGGAGAUGAGAAAUGCGGCAAAACUACAUUUUUAUCACGGAUCAGCCAGGGCCGUCCAAAUCUCCAAGGCAAUGUUCCAAUCACCAUGCUGAGGGAUAUGGACCAACCCUUUGUGUUUGAUAUCCGCUCCCGAAAAGGACAGUACCGCUUCGAGUUUUUCGAUACAUCCAGCCCUGAAAGCUGGAAACUGCUCCGACCAGACCUCGUAAUCAUCUGCUAUGACAUCAGCCAGCGGUUGAGCCUCAUCAACCUCCAGCGAGUCUGGGUAAAGGAGGUGCGGGCGACAUUCAACCAUGAUCGUCUGCCGAUGCUCGUGUUGGGUUUAAAGAGGGACUUGCGCUCCGAGGAUGAUCCAAAUGGAAUCAUAUAUCCGCAAGAAGCAUAUGUUCGCGCCCAAGAAAUGCGCGCAGACAAAUACAUGGAAUGUUCUGCUGUAACAGGCGAGCUUCUCCCUGAGGUAUUUGACGACAUAUGUAGUACAGCUCUGAAGUCGACGUCGGAGGAGGGCGGGCAGAGCGAAGGGGGGUGCGCCAUCAUGUAACAAUCCUCAAACACACUGACGCGACGCAGUGCGUGCCGUUCGUCGAAAUUUAUGCGCCGUUGGUAGUCUCAACAGACUGAACUGCGUCUCCAUCCUCAGCGCCUUCCUCGCCUUCUUCUUCUUCAGGCUCGGGGUCAUCUUGUCCAAGGACCUCGAUAACGAGAUCAACGAGUUGCUGCUGCUCCUCUUCCGUGUACCGGUCCUCGAGCGACUCGACAAUUAUAGCCAAAACUGGGAUGUUGGUCGGUCGCACGUCGAAAAUGGCGAGACCUUCGGCCUUGGUGAUGUCGGGAAACUUCUCCGCCAGCUUCUCGCAGAGCAAUUCGAGGGUGGUUUGGCUGUAGUGCUGUUUCUCCUUUUGGUCGUGCAGCGGGUAUGGCUUCGUCUCCAAAUACUCGA